GCGGCCUGGCCCUGGGAGAAGGAAGGAUGGUUCCCGAGGUAAGGGUCCUCUCCUCCUUGCUGGGACUCGCGCUACUCUGGUUCCCCUUGGACUCCCACGCUCGAGCUCGUCCAGACAUGUUCUGCCUUUUCCAUGGGAAAAGAUACGCCCCCGGUGAGAGCUGGCACCCCUACCUGGAGCCACAGGGCCUGAUGUACUGCCUGCGCUGUACCUGUUCUGAGAGUGCCCAUGUGAGCUGUUACCGCCUCCACUGCCCACCUGUCCACUGUCCCCAGCCUGUGACCGAGCCACAGCAGUGCUGUCCCCGGUGUGUGGAACCUCACACCCCAUCUGGGCUCCAGGCCCCCCCAAAAUCCUGCCAGCACAAUGGGACCCUGUACCAACACGGAGAGAUCUUCAGUGCCCACGAGCUGCUCCCGUCCCGCCUGCCCAACCAGUGUGUCCUCUGCAGCUGUACCGAAGGCCAGAUCUACUGUGGUCUCAUGACCUGCCCAGAACCAGGCUGCCCUGCACCUCUACCACUGCCCGCCUCCUGUUGCCAGGCCUGCAAAGAUGGGUCAGGUGAGCGAUCAGCUGAAGAGGACACUACGCAGUCGCAGCAUGGGGUGAGACAUUCCCAGGAUCCGUGUUCAGGGGAGAGUGGGAGAAAGAGAGGCCUGGGCACCCCAGCCCCCACUGGUCUCAGCUCUCCUCUGGGCUUCAUCUCUCGCCACUUCCGACCGAAUGGGGCAGGCAGCACGACAGUCAAGAUUGUCCUGAAGGAGAAACAUAAGAAAGCCUGUGUGCACAGUGGGAAGACAUACUCCCAUGGGGAGGUGUGGCACCCAGCUUUCCGCUCCUUUGGACCCCUGCCCUGCAUCUUGUGCACCUGUCAGGAUGGCCGCCAGGACUGCCAACGGGUGACUUGUCCCACGGAGUACCCCUGCCAUCGCCCUGAGAAAGUGGCCGGGAAGUGUUGCAAGAUUUGCCCAGAGGACAAGGCAGACCCUGGCCCCAGUGACAUCAGUGCCACCAGGUGUCCGAAGGUGCCAGGCCAUGUCCUCGUCCACACAUCAAUAGCUCCAAGCCCAGACAACCUAUAUCGCUUUGCCCUCGAGCAUGAGGCCUCUGAGCAGGUGGAGAUCUACCUCUGGAAGCUGGUAAAAGGAAUCUUCCACUUGAUUCAGAUCAAGAAAGUCAGGAAGCAAGACUUCCAGAAAGAGGCACAGAACUUCCGGCUCCUCACCGGCACCCAUGAAGGUCACUGGAAUGUUUUCCUAGCCCAGACCCCGGAGCUGAAGGUCACAGCCAGUCCAGACAAAGCAACCAAGACCUUAUAACAAAGACCUAAACAGUUGCAGAUAUGAGCAAUAUAUAAUUUUUGUUGUUAUAUAUUAAUAAAUGAUAAGUUGCAUUACCC